CCCAGGAAGUUAUAUCUGUCUCCGCUCCAAUUGGAGGCUAGGGCCGUACCAUGGCGGAGAAGACUCAGAAGAGUGUGAAGAUUGCUCCUGGAGCAGUUGUGUGUGUAGAAAGUGAGAUCAGAGGAGAUGUAACUAUAGGAGCUAGGACAGUGAUCCACCCUAAAGCACGGAUUAUUGCAGAAGCUGGGCCAAUAGUGAUUGGUGAAGGUAACCUAAUAGAAGAACAGGCCCUCAUCAUAAAUGCUCACCCUGAUAAUAUCACCCCUGAUGCUGGGGAUUCAGAACCCAAGCCUAUGAUCAUUGGCACCAAUAAUGUGUUUGAAGUUGGCUGUUAUUCUCAAGCGAUGAAAAUGGGAGACAAUAAUGUUAUUGAAUCAAAAGCAUACGUAGGCAGGAACGUAAUAUUGACGAGCGGUUGUAUCAUUGGUGCUUGUUGUAGUCUGAAUACUUUUGAAGUUAUCCCUGAGAAUACAGUGAUCUAUGGUGCAGACUGCCUACGUCGAGUACAGACUGAACGGCCACAGCCUCAGACACUACAGCUGGAUUUCCUGAUGAAAAUCUUGCCAAACUAUCACCACUUAAAGAAGACUACAAAAGGAAGCUCAACUCCAGUGAAGAGCUAA